UUUGAAAUUCAUCGUAUCUUCGUCCUUUAAUACCCGACCACGUUCUCAAGAUUUUCUCGAAUUUGAAAUCCAAACUCCAUUUCCGAGGAGCUCUUUCUUUUUUCUUCGUCGUCUCAAUUCUCUGAACCUUUCCAUUAAUGGCCAAGAAUUGAGCUGGUUCUCGAGAUCAAAACCCUAGCCUUCAUUCUGAGAACCUCUGAAGCUCUUUAAUGGCCGAAAAUUGGGAAGAUUUACCAGAAGAAUGCUGGGAAUUGGUUUUUCAUCAUUUGCAGUCAUCUCCUCGCCAAUUCGAGUCGGUCUCUGUUGUUUGCAGGCGGUUUCUGUCUAUAUCUAAUCGCCUUCGCGUCAAUUUCACCAUCCGUGAACCCUUGCCCUCUUUAUCAGGUGGUUUAUCAAGAUUACUCAGAAGGUUCAGAGAUCUUAGGCGUAUAGAUCUCUCCGAAUUUGUAGCUAAUCCAGAUCAGGUAUUGCGAGAAAUCUCAAGAUCUGGAGGAAACAAGCUGGAAACCCUGGGUUUAUUCGGGCAAAAGCGUUUGCCAUUGAAGGGGUUGAGAAAGCUGGGGAAGACCAACAAGAACUUGAGGUCUCUGCAGUGCUCAAGACUCAGGGUUUUGAGAGAUGAUGACCUCGCGGAGAUUGGCGAUUGUUUUCCCUUUUUGGAAGAGCUUGAUGUGAGCAAUCCAGAAGGGGAUGGUGUAAAAGAUGAGGCAAUUAGGGAUUUGGCUUCGAAACUUCCGAAUCUCAGAGAGAUUGAUGUUUCAGGGAACCAUCUUAUCUGCGAUGGGGCCCUUAUGGCUCUUGUUUAUUUUUGUCCUAGACUGCAAAAGAUUUCUGCCUUUGAUUGCAACUUCAUCAGCGAUGAAUGCCUAUUAGACCUCGCAUUGUGCCCUAGUGUGGUUUCUCUCUCUGUAAGCGUGUGUUGGCUAACUUCCCCUCAUUUCGUAGAUUCUUUCCUUUUGAAAGCUCAAAAGUUGCAGAGCCUGGACCUGUCAAACUCUGCUUUUUUGAAGGAGCCUCUGAUUGCCAUUAAAGACCUCAAGCUCCCUUUGAAAAAUCUGGUCUUAUCGAGAUGCAGGGCUUUCGCCUUCCACGGAAUUUCAUCCCUUAUUCAAAAUUGCCCUGUUCUUGAACACCUAAACCUGGACGGCCUUGACUUUUUAACAGAUGAAACGCUAAGCGUCCUAUCUGAGAAUUUGCAGGGAUUAACUUUUUUCUCACUCAAUUCCUGCUUCAAACUCAGCAAUUCCUCUUUCUGCAACCUACUUACCAAGUGCCCUAACCUCAAAGAGCUUCACAUGGAGAAAACGAGGCUAGGGUUAGGGCUUUUCACCACGAAUCCUCAGGCCAAAAACCUCCAUAUCAGAACCCUAAAACUAGCCUGGAACAAAAACCUUGAAGACGACACCUUACAAUCAAUAAGCGCCUUUUGUCAUGGCCUGGAAACCCUGGAUAUCAGCCAUUGUUGGGGAAUAACAGAAGCAGGCGUACGAUCCAUUGGAAACCACUGCCCAAAAAUUAGGGUUUUGAUCUUAAACGGUUGCAGCAAAGUGAAGACCCUCGGCGGCUCAAGUGGGUUCGAUGCGCUCGAGGUUCUGGACGCAAAUGGGUCUGGGUUAACAGACCAAGGUUUGAGUCAAGUGGGCUCGAGGCUGGUGUGUUUGGGUUUAGGUAGUUCUGCUGGGUUUAGCGAAAGUGGGCUCAAAAGGCUCGUGGAAAUGAGCCAUUUGUUAAGAGAAGUGGACCUGAGGGGGUGCGAGGUGGGCUCGGAGAUGGUGGCUUGGAUGGUGCUUAGUAGGCCUUCUUUGAGGAGGGUUUAUGCUCCUUCAAUACACGUGCCUUCUCAGCCUCUCAGGGCCUUGUUGUUUAGUCAUGGGUGCUUCGUUUGCAACGGCUAGUUUUCGGACUUUUGUAUCCUUGUUGUAGCAGCUUCUACCAUGAUUUCUUCCUUUGAAUUUUGUAUUGGAUUGAAUGAUUGAAGUAUAAAGAAGUAGGACAUGUAGCCAAAAGGAAAUAUGAAUAACAAGGAAUGUUUGAAAUG